CGUACAUUCUAUUCUGCUUGUUUGGAACCUUCUCGAACCUGAUUUCCAUUGUAAAGAUGUACUGAGCUUGACGUCUAGUUUUCAGUUUUGAUAGUGACGUUCUGUUGUUUAGUCGUCUCAGGCGUAAAUUUCAGGAAACAAAAAUGGUAAAGGAAAUGAAGUUUUACGAUUUGUUGGGGGUUAAGCCCAACUGCACGAAUGAUGAAUUAAAAAAAGCGUACAGAAAAUUGGCACUAAAAUAUCAUCCGGACAAAAAUCCAAAUGAGGGUGAAAAAUUUAAACUCAUCUCACAAGCAUAUGAAGUUUUGUCUACACCAGAGAAACGAAAAAUUUAUGACGAGGGAGGAGAACAAGCACUGAAGGAAGGCUCAAGUGGUGGGCCUGGUGGAUUCUCUUCUCCCAUGGACAUUUUCGACAUGUUUUUUGGCGGUGGUGGUCGCAGCCGAAAGGAGAGGAAAGGAAAGGAUGUUGUUCACCAGAUGGGGGUAACUCUAGAGGAACUGUAUAAUGGAUCUGUUCGCAAACUUGCUCUUCAGAAAAAUGUUAUUUGUGAUGGGUGUGAAGGUCUAGGAGGCAAGAAAGGAGCUGUAGAGCGGUGUCCUAACUGUAGAGGCAGUGGGAUGCAAGUGAGGAUUCAACAAAUUGGUCCUGGUAUGGUACAACAAAUACAGUCAGUGUGUGGUGAAUGCCAAGGGCAAGGUGAAAGAAUUAAUGCAAAAGACCGCUGUAAGGUCUGCUUAGGGAAAAAGGUUGUCAGAGAGAGAAAAGUUUUAGAAGUCCAUGUUGAUAAAGGCAUGGUGGAUGGACAAAAGAUCACAUUUAGCGGUGAAGGUGAUCAAGAGCCAGGGCUUGAAGCGGGGGACAUUAUUAUUGUAUUAGACGAAAAAGAGCACCCGGUUUUCAAGCGAUCCGGCGAUAACUUAGUUAUGCGAAUGGAACUAUCUCUUGUAGAGGCACUGUGUGGUUUUCAGAGAUCAAUUCAUACGCUGGACGACCGUGAUCUGGUUAUUUCAGCACUCCCAGGACAAGUUUUCAAACAAGGAGAUUUGAAAUGUAUUCUUAAUGAAGGAAUGCCACACUACCGAAAUCCCUUCGAAAAAGGACGUCUCAUUGUACAGUUUUCUGUCGAGUUUCCUCGACAGCUGCCUCUAGAAGUUAUACCUAAAUUGGAAAGUCUUCUUCCACCAAAGCCAGAGGUGAUAAUCUCUGAUCAAGCAGAAGAGGCUGUAUUGAUGGACUUCAACCCGGAAGUUGAGACUCGCCGUCAGCGAGAUCAGCGUGAAGCUUAUUACGAAGAUGACGACAAUCCGCAGGGACCGCGGGGCGUGCAGUGCGCAACUCAAUAGAUGACCAAUUCUCAACCAUACCCUCCGUCACGCUUAGUAUUUGAUUGGUUUCGCACCUCUGUAUGAAUAUCGAUGUUCAUUUAUCAGCUUUCAGCCAGUUAAAGUUGUUCAUAUUUCUC